GUCCGGCACAGUCUCGUAGUACAGCGCACCAAGCGGCCGGCGGCGGCAGGCAUCACUCUCGGUGCUACCGCGACACCCGCGCUCGGCGCACUAGUGAGUGCUCUUUUAGGCACUAUAGUUGGACCGUCUGUCGGCCUCGUGCGCGCCAUUUCAGCAAAGUUCGCGUUUGCGUUGUGUGUUUGCUUUGACAAGAUGCCGGGCGGGAAGUGCAAGUUUCAGUCUGCGUGGCUGCAACAUACGGACUAUCGUCACUGGGUGAGACCGGAACCAAGCGAUCCUUAUCGAGCAAAGUGCGCAAUAUGUCAGAAGACGGUCGACAUUGCAACGAUGAGGGAAUCUGCCUUGAAGAGCCACCAGAAAGGCGCGAAGCACCGAUCCAAAACUGCAGCAGGUGAGGGCUGCUCAUCCGUCGCAAGUUUGGUGCAAGCGAGAAAUCUGACGUCCGCGGCUCCUUGUAAGCGUGAAACCACGGCAACUUCCUCUCGGGCUGCGACACUUGAGGAAGACUGCAGAAAGCAUGAUUCCGUGAUCGAAGCCGAGAUUUUGUGGACGAUGAAAGUUGUGUCGUCACACUACUCCUACAGCUCCAGUGGAUCCAUUUCCCAGCUAUUCCAAAAGAUGUUUCCGGAUAGCGAGGUCGCGAGAAGCUUCACUUGCUCUGAGAAAAAAUGCGCGUAUGUCGCGUGCCAUGGUCUACGCCCAUUUUUCACUUCGCAGGUACAGCAAAUGAUGGAGAAGUCUGACAAUUUUGUUGUGCUUUUUGACGAAACCUUGAAUGAAUACCUGCAAAGAAAACAACUUGAUGUUCACGUCAGAUUGUGGAACAACUGUGAGGUGGCAACCAGAUACCUGACUUCGACAUUCAUGGGUCACAGCACAGCGGACGACCUUAUGCAGAAGUUGACGGAAACACUCGCGUCUUUUCCCCUGAGCAAGAUUGUGCAGCUCUCGAUGGACGGCCCGAAUGUCAACUGGAGUCUUUUCAACAAGUUGCAGCAGCACAUGAAGAAUGACUUUCAAGUUCAGUGCUUGGAUAUUGGUUCAUGUGGCUUGCACACAGUGCAUAAUGCUUACAAAGCAGGAAUGCAUGCGACGAGCUGGCCAGUUGACACCUUUCUUUCGAGCUUAUUCUCACUCUUCCAUGAUGCACCGGCCCGCCGUGAAGAUUUUGUUGAAGAAACAAGGAGCAAGCUGUUUCCACUUCCUUUCGUACCCCACCGUUGGGUCGAGAACGUGCCAGUACUGGAGAGAGCCCUGGCUAUGUGGGAGCAUUUGAGGCACUACACCGAAGCAGUGAGCGAGCAUAGGCUACCCUUGCCGAAAUGUAGAGCGUAUGAGAACGUCAGUGAUUUCCUAAAGGACCAGCUUGCACUUGCGAAACUGAACUUUUCCCUAAACAUUGCAAUGGUUGUGCAGCCUUUCUUGACUGUUUUUCAGAGUGAUUCUCCAAAGACAUUUUUUUUAGCGAAAGAGCUCGAAACUGUCUUGAGGAGCCUCCUUGCAAAGUUCAUGAAGCGCUCGGUGUUGACAGAAGCCACGAGCAUCACGAAACUGCUGCGAAUUGAUGUUCAUGACACUGCCAAUUACACGUCACUUGAGAAGGUGGACGUUGGACGAGUGGCUGAGAAGAUCCUAAAGAGCGGAAAAGCGAGUACCAAGUGUGUUUUUGAAUUUAGGGGUGAGUGUCGAAAGUUCAUUGUGAACAUGAUCCUGAAAAUCAUGGAGAGAAGUCCUAUUAGGUACCCUCUGGUUCGAGGGUUGUCAUGUUUCGACCCCAGGGAGAUGUCAAAGACAGAAAUGUGCCUUGGGAAGCUGAAAGUUGUUCUUAACUGUUUAAUUGACAGCAAGCUUCUUUCUGAGCACAAGAGCGAUAUUGUGUGUGCACAGUACAUUCAGUUCUGCCAAGAAAAACGGCAUGAACUGCAAAACUAUGAAAGAGACCAGGAACGCCUUGACGUUCUCUUCGUGCGCCUUUUGAAGCAUGACCCGGCGUUCUCGAUGUUGUGGGAAGUACUGAAGGUCCUUCUCUUGCUUAGCCAUGGGCAGGCGUCAGUAGAAAGAGGUUUCAGUGUAAACAAGCAGAUCGCGGUCGAAAAUAUGGCAGAGCUCUCGUAUAUCUCACAACGAGUCCUCUGCGAGGCCGUGAAAACCCACGGUGGGCUGCUUAACGUUCCGCUGUCGAAAGAACUGAAGUCAUCAGUGCGCCAAGCCAGGCAUAGGUAUGCGUUAUACAUGGACGAACAGAAGAAGCAAGCUGUAGCACAGCAGGUAACCUUGAAGAGAAAAGAACUUGAGCUAGAGCUACAGAGCAUGCAAGAGAAGAAGACAAAGCUCCAAAAAACUCUUAAGUGCUUGCAGGAGUCAGCGGAUCGCUUUUCAGAAGACGCCGAAGCAAAAAAUGACCUGACUUGUCUUGUCAAGGCCAACAGUUUCCGUCGAACAGCCAAAAAAAAAAGAAGCGGAGAUAACAGCUCUUGAAAGAGAAAUUAAUGCGAAAAUAGGGCUCCUUUCCUAAGUCAUCUGAGGAAAUAAAAUGCUAACACUC